UAUGUUGACAAUGGAUCUUGAGUUUUCGCGUGUGGACUAUACAUUGCUGGGAUUAACGUAUCCGAGGACAGCUAAACUGUUACCAAGUCAGGGGCAGAAGAUUCCACAGAAGGUACAAACACGUAACGGUGAAACUGUGAUACAUGCUGUAGCUGAUAGAGAUGGUGUUUUACAAGUAUUUGGAGUGAAAAAAGGUGAAAUUCAUUUAGUAUUCAAAACUCUGCCUGGGUCUCCAGUAUCUUGCUUGCAGCUGGGCGGUGCUUUAGGAACAGUGCAGGAUAAGGUAUUUGUUUCAUCAGGAAAUGAAGUUCGUGGAUAUACUAAGAAAGGAAAACUGUUCCUUAGUUUUGACACCAAUUUAACAGAACCAAUCAAGUCGAUGUAUGUCUGUGGAAGCAAUCUUUUAGUAUGUGGUGAUCAUGCAUAUAAUCAAUAUUUUGACUGUAAAGAUGUUAAUUCUUUUCUUUGUGGAGAUCGCAUAGUUGAUGUCAUUGCUCUGGGGGCAGAAAAGGGUAACAAUAAGUUGUUGGCAGUUUUGGCAUGUGAAGACAGAAUUUUGCGGGUAUUGGAUCGACAUGAUCUCUUACACAGUGUAGAGUUAGAGUCUGUGCCAUCAGUGCUGUUUCCAUUUCCUGGAAGUGAUGACCAGAUAUUAUAUGGAACUGUUGAUGGAAGAAUUGGUGUCGUCACAGUUACAAGGAAUGAAGUCAGCCAUGCAUGGAUUCUGAAAAAACCUAGUAACAGUAGUUGUAUUACCUGUAUGGAUUGUUAUGACUUGACGGCAAAUGGCACUCCAGACUUAGUGGUGGGACGUCAGGAUGGUUCCAUAGAUGUCUACUCUUUUCCAGAGGACACUGAUGAUAGUGAUGCCACUCUCAGAUUCACAUACGCUUGCAAUGAGAGCAUUACUUCUGUGCAGUGUGGUGUCCUUGGCAGUGCUGGUUAUGAUGAAAUUGUGGUCACAACAUAUACUGGUUGGCUGUUUGGCCUUACUACAGAAGUAAUUGAUAAACAGGUGGGAAUUGACACAAACACAGGUGGCGUCACCAUCUCUCAGGAUGCUAAAACAAAAAUUCUGCGACUGAGAUCAGAGAUAGAAGAACUUGAGCAGAGGGUCAACAGAGAAAGAGAAAAAUACCAGGCUUCAACAGUAGACAAAUCGGAUGGUCUCUCUGUUCUCCAGAUGGCUGCAGUGAGUGACAGGAUGGUGCUCUGCAAGGAGGACGCAUCAUACUUGCUAAGUCUUGAGGUACAGGCACCUAUAGACAAUGUCCUUAUACAGAGUGAUGUACAGAUUGACCUUCUGGAUGUUGAAAAAAAUUCAGCUGUUGUUAGUUACAGUAAAUGCGACUCCUCGAGUGGUAAUCAUCUCUUGGUGACCUACCGCUGUCAGGUUAAUGUGACAAGACUUGAAGUGAAGCUUCGAACAGUAGAAGGACAGUAUGGAACACUAAGGGCAUAUGUAACUCCACUUGCUCAGCCAAAGAGUUGCACACUGAAAACAUUUGCCAUCAAGCCACUCUCUUUACAUGCCCGCUGCCACCAUCCUGAUCAAACAAGACCAUUUAAUGUUCUGACACUGAAAGGUUCCUUCAGCCUGGCAGAAGUACAUACAUGGAUAUGCUUUUGCCUGCCUGAAGUUCCAGAGAAGCCACCUAUGAAUGAAAAAAAUGUUCUUGCAUUUAAAUCAGCCUUCACUGAUACUAUGUUGCUUUGUUCUUACUGGAAAGGAGGAGCAGAGUUCAAGUCUGACAAUAUAUCAACCAUAUCAAUUUUGAAGGAUGUCCUUACAAGAGAAGCUACAAAAAAGAAAAUUAAAUUAGAUAUUUUAUGUGCAGUGAAUGAGGAAAGUGUUAUAAGUGUAUUGCACCGCCUUCAUCCUCGCCUCGAAGAACAGCAGAAAAUGGCACACGAAAUGUCGCUAUUGGAGGCUCUUCACGAGCUGCGUGAAAGAGAAUCUGGAUGGGAGCAGUCACUUCUGCCUGAAUACCGUGAGCUAUUGGCCGCUGAGAAGGAAGUACAGCUACGGUACUCUCAGCAUCCACAGCAACUUGAAAGGCUUUAUGGCUUGGUCUCAGACCUUUAUAUCGACAGGCAUAAAUUUAAAGGACAGAAUGUAAAAGGAAAGAUUCCUCAGUUACUGGAAAUCCUACGCAAGUAUGACCUACAAAGCCUAAUAAAUUUCUUUCUUCAGUCUUAAGUGUUUUGGCAUAAAAUUAUAAAGAACAAAUUUGUUCAUUGCUGCAAUAAAAGAAGAAAUGUGUGCAUUUUAAAAACUGAACGCUAAUUAUCAUGAGGUUUCCGUAAUAUUCAUGUGCAGUAUUAAGAGACCUAAGCGAAAUGUGAAGUUUCUUCACAAAAUACAGUUUGUUUUUAUUUCAGUGUAAUAUUAGUGCAGUUGAGUAUCUAUUGAAAUAGUUGUUCAUUCAAUAUGAGAUCUUAUGUUUAAGCUAAAAUAUACAUUGUUCACUUCUGUAAUAAAGCUUCUACAAGUUUCUGAAAAAUAAAAGAUUUUGAAGAUAA